UACAGUUCACUACGAGCUACUUAGGCAGUCAAAACAUAAGUCCUUCCCGUCCAACUUAAUCAGCUCAACCUAGAAAUGAGAGGAUUCAUUGUUUUCUGUUUUUCUGCCGUUGCGCUGGCUGCGCCUCAGGGUUAUAACUACAAUCCUGUCCCCUCCGGUUUUAAUGGCAUCAGCACGGCGAGUGGUGGCGCAUCCUUCUUCCAGGGAGCCUCUCACCCACAGGCCAUCUACCAGCAGCCAGCAGUACAGGUUCACAAUCAUCAACAGCAGGUACAGUCGGUACAGCAUGCCCAGCACCAGCAAGCAAUCGUGUCCAAGCGCUUCUUCAUCCACUCAGCCCCAGAGGAGUCUGAGGACUACAAAGAGAGUCACAUUACCGUCGGCGUCCCUAAGCGGAACUAUAAUGUGGUGUUCAUAAAGUCGCCCCAGCGUAAUAAUAAGAAAACCAUUAAGAUCAGUCCCGCCGUUAACGAGGAGAAGACCGUCAUUUACGUGUUAAGUAAGAAGAGCGAGAACGAUGUAAACGCUGAGGUCGUGGAGCAAGCCAGCUCUACUAGCAAACCGGAGGUCUUCUUCAUAAAGUACAAGACCAACGAAGAGGCCGCCCACGCUCAGCAACAGAUCCAAGCGCAAUAUGACGCAUUGGGCGGAAGCAGCCAGCUGACAGAUGAGGGUGUGGCCCCCGUUACCUCUGUUAUUGGAGCACUUGGAGGCAGUGAUGGGCACACCGAAGCCGGAUCCGCCGUAACAGGCGCUGGAGCUGGGCAAGUCCUCUCCGUCGGGACGCAAACGGGCAAUGCAUACCUUCCACCCAACUUUUAACCGUUAUGUCAUGAUCCCCAGAAGCAACUUCACAGUCCCAAGUAUAAAAAUUUGUUAAUAUAAUUAUAAAACUUCAUUGCUCUUGAAUUUAA